UAUGGAUGACUUGUAAGUGAUUGUCAAACACUGACAGUUGUAUUGUUUGUUCAUAUAUUUGAAUUAAUUGUCAACAAAAUGAUUGUCAUUACUCUUCAGUCACGCUAUCAUUGAAACCAAUCUUCGAGACAAACAAUGGCCGGAAGUUUUUGGCAGAGCUCUCAUUUCCAACAAUGGCUACUCACACGUCAAGACUUGUCUCGGGAGAGACACCAAGACUUGCAGAUUGUGACCGAAGAAGAAUAUCACAAACUGAUGAUCUUUUUCGCCAAUUUGAUACAGGCAUUGGGAGAGCAGUUGAAAGUGAAACAACAAGUGGUGGCCACAGCCGUCGUCUACUUCAAGCGUUUCUACGUUAGAAACUCACUCAAAUGUAUUGACCCGUUGCUUAUGGCGCCCACCUGUGUCUUCUUGGCCUCCAAAGUAGAGGAAUUCGGUGUCAUCUCUAAUAACCGUCUCAUCUCCACGUGUCAGACCGUCGUUAAGAAUAAGUUUUCGUAUGCCUUUCCGCAAGAGUUUCCCUAUCGAAUCAAUCACGUCCUCGAAUGCGAAUUCUAUCUCUUGGAAAUGAUGGUCAGUAUUGCUAUUCAAUUGUAUCUUUAAUUGAACUC